AUGAAUAUUUCAAAAACCAUUUUAUUAUCAAUUAUAUUUGCCAUUUUAUUAUUCAAUGCUGGUAAUAAUGUUUUGGCCAACAACAAUGAUAGACAAGUAGUAGCAAGAUUUGGAGCUGAUACAGUAGAUGUAAAAUCUGAAGGUGCUCCAUUUACCACUUGUAACGAUUGUGUUAGUAUUAUGACUGAUACAAUUGAUGAUCUUAUUGGUAUCCUUAUGAAUUCAGGAGUAAUGGCAUCAUGUAAUGAUUUAUGUUCAAGAUUAUCAAAUCAUUAUGAAAAUAUUGCAUGUAUGUUGACAUGUGUAUAUUUUGGACUGGAAGAGUUUAGCAAUUUGGUACUAGAUGCAGAUCCUGAUCCCAUUUUCAUGUGUGAAGUUAUUGAUGUCUGUCCAGUUAAAAUGACCGCCGCUGGAAACAUUACAAACUUUGAUAUCGUUCCAUCUAGUGGACCAGUCGGAACCACCUUUUACGCCAACAUCAACUAUACCAUCACCAGUGAGAUUGGUACCGGUCAAAUCGUAGCCAACCUCUACGACACUAACAAUUUGGGCUUUGGUUUCUACAAUCUCUUGGUCGACACUGCACCAGGUGACUAUUAUGUCUCUUUUCCAUUCCAAUCUCAACCAUCCGAGAUGGAACCAUUCAACCCUGGUAGUUUUUUGAUCAGUGUAGGUCUCUGUGAAGGUUUCUGUGGUAGUAUUCAUAAAUACACUAUCAUCCUUUCAGUUGUCAACGAUAAUUUUACCAUCUCUUCAAAUACUACAACAAAUCAAAUUGGUCAUACAAUCUAUGAUCUUUCAAUGUAA